CCGGGUUUGGUGCGGCCUUUGUCUCUCGCUGUAGUUAGAGCUCCAGGUCUCGUUCUCACUGCUCCUAGAUGCUCAGGCUCUGUGGUCCUGUGUCCUGCAGGUAUUGGGAGAUCCACAGCUAAGACACCGGGACCUCCUGGAAGCCAAAAAUGGGACUAUUACAAUUUAGAGAUGUGGCCAUAGAAUUCUCUCUGGAGGAGUGGCAUUGCCUGGACACUGCACAGCGGAAUUUAUAUAGGGAUGUGAUGUUAGAGAACUACAGAAACCUGGUCUUCCUUGGUAUUCCUGUUUCUAAGCCAGACCUGAUCACCUGUCUAGAGCAAGGAAAAAAACCUUUGACUAUGAAGAGACAUGAGAUGGUUGCCAAAUCCCCAGUUAUGUGUUCUCAUUUUGUCCAAGACCUUUGGCCAGAGCAGAGCAUAAAAGAUUCUUUCCAAAAAGUGAUACUGAGAAGGUAUGAAAAAUGUAGACAUGGCGAUUUACAGUUAUAAAAAGGACGUGAAAGUGUGGAUGAGUGUAAGGUGCACAAAGAAGGUUAUAAUGAACUUAACCAAUGUUUGACAACUACCCCAAGAAAAAUAUUUCAAUGUGAUAAAUAUGUGAAAGUGUUUCAUCAAUUUUCAAAUUCAAACAGACAAAAGAGAGGACAUACUGGGAAAAAACCUUUCAAAUAUAUAGAAUGUGGCAAAGCUUGUAAGCAGUUCUCAACUCUUACUACACAUAAGAAAAUUCAUACUGGAGGGAAACCCUACAAAUGUGAAGAAUGUGGCAAAGCCUUUAAGCACUCCUCCACUCUUACUACCCAUAAGAGAAAUCAUACUGGAGAGAAACCGUACAAGUGUGAUAAAUGUGGCAAAGCCUUUAUGUCAUCCUCAGCCCUUAGUAAACAUGAGAUAAUUCAUACGGAAAAGAAACCCUACAAAUGUGAAGAAUGUGGCAAAGCCUUCAACCGGUCCUCAACCCUUACGACACAUAAGAUAAUUCAUACUGGAGAGAAACCCUACAAAUGUGAAGAAUGUGGCAAAUCUUUUAAAUACUCCUCUACCCUUCCUACACAUAAAAGAAUUCAUACUAGAGAGAAACCCUACAAAUGUGAAGAAUGUGGCAAAGCCUUCAAGCGGUCCUCAGACCUUACUACACAUAAGAUAAUUCAUACUGGAGAGAAACCCUGCAACUGUGAAGCAUGUGGCAAAGCUUUUAAGUACUCCUCCAACCUUACUACACAUAAGAAAAUUCAUACUGGAGAGAGACCCUACAAAUGUGAAGAAUGUGGCAAAGCCUUCAACCAGUCCUCAAUCCUUACUACACAUAAGAGAAUUCAUACUGGAGAAAAAUUCUACAAAUGUGAAGAAUGUGGCAAAAGCUUCAAGCGGUCCUCACACCUUACUACACAUAAGAUAAUUCAUACUCGAGAGAAGUUCUACAAAUGUGAAGAAUGCAGCAAAGCUUUUAAGCAGUUCUCUAACCUUAGUACACAUAAGAAAAUUCAUACUGGAAAACCCUACAGAUGUGAAGAAUGUGGCAAAGCCUUUGAGCGCUCCUCUAAACUUACUACACAUAAGAGAUUUCAUACUGGAGAGAAACCCUACAGAUGUGAGUAAUGUGGCAGAGCUUUUCACCUAUCCUCACACCUUACUACACAUAAGGUAAUUCAUACUGGAGAGAAACCAUAUGAAUGUGAUGAAUGUGGAAAAGCUUUUAACCAGCCCUCAAUUCUAACUAUGAGAAUUGAUAUGGAAUAUAAACCCUACAAAUAUAAAGAAUGCGACAAAUUUUUUAAGGAACUUCUCAACUUUAAUUACACAUAAUUCAUACUAGAAAGAAACCCUACAAGUGUGAAGAAUGUGGCAAGGCAUAUAACAAGUUCUAUUUUCUUUCUUUUUUUUUUUUUUGAGAUGGAGUUUCAACUCUUAUCACCCAGGCUGGUGUGCAACAGCACAAUCUCGACUCACUGCAACCUCCGCCUCUUGGGUUCAAUCCAUUCUCCUGCCUCAGCCUCCCAAGUAGAGGGGAUUACCAGUGCCCACCCCCAUGCCCAGCUAACUUUUGUAUUUUUAGUAGAGACAGGGUUACGCCAUGAUUGUCAGGCUGGUAUCCAACUCCUGACCUCACAUGAUCCACCCACCUCGGCCUCCUAAAGUGCUGGAAUUAUAGGCAUGAGCCACCAUGCCUGGCCACAAGUUCUUAAUUCUUAAGAGACAUGGUGAUAAUUCAUGCUGAAGAGGAACUCUACAAACGUGAAAGAUGUGACAGUGCUUUUAUCAACACCUCCAUCCUUUCUACAUAUAAAAAAUCUAUACUAGUGUGAAACCCUAGAAAUAUAUAAAAUGUGAAACAACCUUUAUAUGGUUGCCAUUUUUGAUAGUAAGUAAGAUAAUUCAUACUGGCAAAAUUCCUACAAGCAUGAAGAAUGUGGCAAAACUUUUAGUCAGUGUGUACACCUUAUUUCGCAGGAAAGCUAGUAUCCUUGAGAAAAAUUGUACAAAUAUAAAGAAUAUGGAAAACCCAUGAAUGCCUACUCAACAUAAGAAGGUUCAUAGUUAAUCUUACUCAACAUCUUACUCAACAUAAGAAGGUUCAUAGUUAAUAAAAGCAUUAAAAGUGCAAUUACUGUCAAAAAGUCUUUCAGAAAAUAUAAGCCUUUAAAGUGAAGAAGAGUGUUUAUUCUGAAGACAACCAUUACAAAUUUAGAGGGGGUUUAUUGCACACAUUUUGUACUAGAGGAAAACCCUGAAGCAGUUGCUCCAGCUUUGCUCAACAUCAGGGAACUUAUAUUGGAGAAGAGUCUUGCAAAUGUAAUGAAUUUGGAAACACUUAAAAAAAAAAAAAAGUACAGCUCAGAAAACACCAGAGUUUAUACUAAAAUAUAUUUUUGCAGAUGCAGUCAACAUGAAAAAAUAUUUAAUUCAAAAUUAAUUGUAUGUACAUAUCAGAGAAUUAAAGAAUAAGGCACUGACACUUCAGACAUUACACUAAAUAAGAGUGUUGAGUAUAAAAAUGAAUUCACAGAUAAAGUUGUUAAAUUAUUUGUAUAUAACUUUAAAAGGAGAUUUUUUUGAAGCUUUGUAAUUACAUUGAAACUAUACUGGUUUCCUUGAAAACGGUUUUUUGAAAAGUGAAUAAUGAUGUAAUACAGCUUUCAAAUUACUUUAUGCUGUUACUUUAUUUCUGUUGUAUUCACAUGUGAAUGUAUGUGAUCAAUUGUCGCUGCAUCAGAGAUAUUAGAGAUUCUUUAUUGAGCAUUCUUUAUGACCUUUUCUAUAAAAGAGUAAGGACAUUAAAAUGUAAGAUGCAUGAUGAAAAUAUAAGUGGAGAGGCUCAUUGUAGUUAACCUGAAUUAAGUAAUGUUUAAGGUAGGUGUUCAGAGUAAUACUUUUCUACAUUAUACUGAGAGAAAGAAAUUAUAAAUUAUAGUUAAAGUAUAUCAAUUAUUAUUUUAGUAAUUUUACUGUUAUGUAAUAAAAUGCAAUAUAUUUAAAAAUUGUUA